UUUUUUGCUCUCUAUCAAUAUGGAAGAAGAUACACCAUUAUAUGGAAUAGAUAAAGAAAUUCAAGCUAAAAUUAGCUCAAAAUAUUCGGUUGAGCGUGAACAAGAAGCUAGACAAUGGAUAGAGAAUACAAUCGAUGAAAAGUUUCCUUCAAACGAUUUUGCCGAGAGUCUAAAAGAUGGAGUCUUAUUGUGCAAGUUAAUCGAAAAAUUAGUGCCAGGUCAUGGCAAAUACAAGCAAUCUAAAAUGCCUUUUGUUCAAAUGGAAAAUAUUUCUAUUUUUUUAAGAGGUGCUGAAGCUUUAGGUGUUCCAAAACAUGACCUUUUUCAAACAAUUGAUCUGUACGAAAAAAAGAAUAUGACACAAGUGGUUGAUUCUAUAUUUUCUGUAUCUAGAUAUGCUUAUAAGAAUGGUACAUCACAAACAUAUUUGGGCCCAAAAUUGGCAGAUAAACAGCGACCUGUAUUUUCCAAAGAAGCAGCACAGGCAGCAAGUGCAACAUAUAAUACAUAUCAAUAUGGAUAUACUGGUGGAGCUAAUCAAUCUGGUAUGAGUUUUGGUAAACGUCGUGAUAUUGUUGGAAGUGAUCCAUAUGCUCAGUAUAAAUAAUAUUAAGCUUUCUCUUAUGGAGUGUUUGCUUUAUGCCUUAACAGUAAGAGAGAAUUUUACUUUUGAGUGAUUUCUAAUAAAAUUAGUUCAAUGUUACUUGGUCAACCCCUAUAUUCUAUAUCAUAUGUCAUAUAAUAAACAAAGUAAUAUAAUAAACAUGAAAUUCAUUCAUCAAAUAUUACAAUUAGUUGUACAUUACGACACUUUUGUAGUUGGCGG